AUGGAGCUGGGGGUCAGGCAGGGACCGCGACAGGUUGUGCUUCUGUUGCUGCGGUUGGUGCUGCUGCGGCAGCUUGGAUGGGGGCCGCAUUCUCUAGCCAAUGCCGGGAAAAUGAAGAUCGUGGAGGAGCCGAACACAUUCGGAGUGAAUAACCCCUUCUUACCUCAGACCAGUCGGUUACAGGCCAAGAGAAACCCAUCAGCAGUCUCAGGUCCUGCACAUCUCUUCAGACUUUCUGGCAAGUGCUUCAGUUUAGUGGAAUCCACGUACAAGUAUGAAUUCUGUCCCUUCUACAAUGUCACACAACAUGAACAGACUUUCCGUUGGAAUGCCUACAGUGGCAUUCUGGGGAUUUGGGAUGAAUGGGAAAUUUUCAACAACACAUUUACUGGAAUGUGGAUGAGAGAUGGAGAUUCCUGUGGGUCUAAGAACAGGCAGACAAAGGUGGACCUUGCCUGUGGAAAAAGUAAUAAAUUGGCUCGAGUGUCUGAACCAAGUACUUGUGUUUAUUCUCUAACCUUUGAGACACCUCUGGUUUGCCACCCACAUGCUUUGUUAGUGUAUCCAACCUUGGUGGAGGCCUUACAGCAGAAGUGGGAUAAAACAGAGCAGUCUCUUGCUGAUGAAUUAAUUACUCCACAGGGAUAUGACAAACUGCUGAAAGAGGUGUUUGAAGAAGCAGGCUAUUUAAAAGCCCCAACAGAAAACAAGGCAGCAAAUCCAGAGGGAGAGGCCAAGAGUUCUGUGUUUGAAACUCUGGAGAAAUGUAAUAAGGAAUAUGAGGAACUUUCUAAGGAAGUAAAAAGACUGAAAAACUUGCUAACUCAGAAUCACAUUUCGUAUACAAAGCAGAAAGAAAGUACCAGUAUUGAACAUUUCGAUUAUAAGAAAUCUGCAACUAGCUCCCCAGUUUGGAGUAGUACCAGGCCCCCAAAGCAUCUUCGAGGAGACACUGGCCUUCAGAAUGACUUCUUGUGACAGUUCACAGGCAGAAGACCUGAGGAUUCUAUAUUGAUUCAUACAUAUAAUAUACACUUUUGUAUGGGAGGGAAGGGAAAUAAACUUUAAGGUUGCUUUGGUGGUCCCAAGGAACUGAACUCCUAAUUACUAGGCCCAAUUCUAGAAAAUCCUCUCUCUUUCAUGGAUAUUCCAGUGUUCCAUCCCAAGAAAUCAUGAUGUGACAAGAAGAGAAUCUUGGAGACCAAGUCAACUUCCCUUCCCAUGGUGAUGGUGAGAAAGAAAUCAACAGUGAAACCAGGAAGAGGAACAACAGAUCAUAGGGCAUGGCUGGAACUCUUUGGUGCUAAAGAAAGUUUUAAGGCAAAGAAUAAAAAAACACUACAGGGAAAAGCAACUAUUUUCUAUAAUAAAGGUACUGUUCUAAAGUAUGAAAUACUUUAUAAAAUAAAUAAAUGAGUGAAUUUAUAAAGUGACUUAUUGAAAAAGGAACUGGUUCCUGGAUUAACUUUGAAUACCUUACCUACUUAUGUAACUAUCUCAGGUCAGUAAAAAGGGCGCUCUCUUACUUGAAUUUGGUUGAUUUUUCUCAAUGAGACAUAAGCCAAAAUAAAGAUUCAAAAUUUUAAUUCCCAUACUGAUAAUAAAAAUAAUUCCAUGAAUUCUGUAAACCAUUGCAUAAAUGCUAUAGUGUAAAAAAAUUUAACAAGUGUUAACAAUCUUAAACAAUUCAUUACAAGUAAAUGAUUAUGCAUUAUAAAUACUACCUUCUGGGUUAAGGAAAUUCCAUUCACAAUAACAUUCUCAUCUAAACACUCAAACCAUAUUAGCGGCUUUCAUAAAUUAAUACAUAUGAAAAGUCCAUAUUGAAUUAAGGUCUUAUGCUGACCACAGUUACACAAAUAUAUUGUGACAAUAAUAUUACUACCAAUAUUUAACACUAGAUAGUUGAAAGACAAUAGGCAACAAAAAUGAUGAUGGAAUAAUUUGAACAUAUCUAUAAACACACAGUUCGAGCUCCUUUUGAAACCAACACUCCACUUUGUAGAACAAGAAUUCUUUACUGUGAAACCCACCCUGAGACAGGCGUCUCCUCUGCUCCCCAGCUACUUCAAUCCACAGAGAGCAUGGGGACUGAACUGCAUUCACUUCAAAAACACUCAACUUGCUCUCUGCCACGUGGUCCCUACAAGCACUGGGGUGAUUCAGCUUCAGAGAAAUGAAAACAAUGAGUAAACUACAAUAUUGUUAGGUCUGUCUUGCAUCUGUUAAACAGUUUCUAUUUAGCAGGUUUGCCAAGGCCAAUGAAACCUGUGAUGUUCCCUUUUGAGCAUUUUCCCAUUCAAUGUACUUUCCAGUAUUAAAAAUAUCACUUUGGAAAAGACUGGAAAUUGCUCUUGUGGAGGGGUCCUAUUAUUUCUAAGGAACUGAAACACAACUAUAGACUUAAAGUGGCACAUAGAAAGCAUCUUUCUUCUUUAUGUAAAUGGUUCAUUCAGCACACCCAGGAAACUGGCCAGAAUAGUAGCAUAUAACAGAGGACCAGGCUGCUUACUCUGGGAAUUUCACUCAUAGGUACAUUUCUUUGGUCUCUCCUUUUUCCUCCCAGUCUUUUAAAAACUCAAAUUUCAGUCUAUGAUGAGCACUACAGAAACAUAAGGACACACACCUGCAACUCUUCUUACACUGAAAAACUAUCAGUGAUUAUUCUUACAGAGGCAACACAGGUGUUUACUACUAGAAAAUCCAGGCCCUAUGCCAAAUGUGCUUUUUAAUAUGGUGGGCCUUCGGGGAGAGCCCAGCCCCUAUCUUCUCCCUCACUGUGUGAAGGAGAUGCCAUGGGAAUGUUAGCCCUGGAGAUGUCAUCUCCUGAGAAUUAGCCAAAUUCAACAAAAAGAACUGACCAUAUUAGCUUAUGAAGAUCUAAAGCUUAAUUGUUCUAACUUGUUCAUAAUUUUGAAAA